UCCCGGCCGGGCUCCCCCCGCCCCCGAGGCCGCUGGUCCCCACCUCCGGUCCCCACCUCCGGUCCCAGCCCCGGUCCCUCCCCGCUCCGGUCCCUUUAAGAGGCGGCUCCGCCGCUCGCUCCCUGCUGCGAUGCCGCCGAUCGCCGAUCCCGAGUCCCUUCCGCUGCCUCCCGGCCACGACCGCGAUUGGGACCGGGACCGGGACCGGGACCGGAGCCGCCGCCGCCGCCUCUUCCCGGUUCUCGCCGCGCUCGGAGCCGCCGCUCUCGGAGCCGCCGCAGCGGCCGCUGCCCUCCUGGGGAUGCUCCAUUGGGGGAUGCUCCAGUGGGGGACCCCGCCGCAGGCUGCCACAGCUGCCCACAUGCUGCUGAGUGCUGGCUCCCUAUCGCCGCCAUCCUCCCCUCUCUGGCGCUACGAGCACGGCAUCAGCGGCGUCUUCCUCAGCGGCGACGUUCAAGCCACGGCCGGGGUGCUGCGGGUGACCACGGCCGGGCUCUACCUGCUCUAUGGGCAGCUCGCCCUCACCUGCACCGCCCCAGCCUGUCCCCCGGGCACCGUCACCCUCCAGCUCCUCCGCUCCGGGGCCCCGCGCCCGCUGCUCGCCGUGCCCGUGGCGCUGCGCGAUGGCCCCGGCCCCGUGCGCUCGGCUCUGGUCCAGGCCGUGCGGAGGCUCCGAGCCGGGGAACGGCUGAGCCUGGCGCUGGUCGGGGCCCCGGGGGGGGACGGGGCCGGGGCUGGGUGGCAGCUGGCACAGGAUGAGCGAGAGGGGAACUUUGUGGGGCUGCUGCGCAUCGCGGGGGACGGCGGUGCGGGCAGGGGGGCGUUGGAGGGGGCCAUGGGUUGA